AAUCGCGUGACAUUCCCAAGUUUAACAGUAUUGUCCGCGCUGUUGGUGCUUCGAGAACUUCGCUGCCACACACGGCUGUAAGACAACGCAAUGUCACCCAUAACGGCAGAGGAAGAGUUCUCGAAGAAUAACAAGUUGAAGAGGGAGAACAUUGAACAUCUGCGAGAAUGGAUGUCGAAGCAGCCUCACCUACCGAGUGGAGUUACAGACGAACAGCUCAUCUUGUUCCUGAACUGCUGUCAGCACAGCCUGGAGGCCUGCAAGCAAACUAUCGAGGCGUACUACACGAUUCGCACUCACGCACCAGAACUGUUUGGGAGCAGGGAUCCUAAGCGGAAGGAGAUCCAGCAGACUCUGUCCAUCAUAGAGAUUGCAGCGCUGCCUAAGAGAGACCAACAUGGGAAUAUUGUGAUGGCUGGACGCCUUGUGGACGUGGAUGCGUCCAAAUUCAACUAUGACGACUGUCUCAGAUCGUGGUUCAUGCUGCAAGAUGUGACCCUGCUCGAACAUGGCGCUGUUCCUGGUUUUGUCUUCGUGUUCGAUAUGAAAGGAACAAGUUUGGGACACGUCACCAGAAUGAGCCUUUCCUCCAUCAAGAAGUACUACAUGUACAUACAGGAUGCUUUCCCUGGAAUAGUGGUUGCGAACCACAUGGUGAACGCCAAUUCAGUCACAGAGACAUUCAUGAACUUAAGCAAACCAUUCAUGAAGAAGGAACUCGUUAGUAAGAUAUUUGUUCACUCGUCGUUUGAGACACUGCAUAAACACAUUACCAGGGAUGCCUUACCCAAAGAAUUUGGAGGAAAUUUGGACUCUCUAACACCAUACCACAGUAAGCUCUACUGCAACAUUUCUCGUUGUGAAGACAUAUUUUUCCAACAUGUCUUUAGAAUUCUUUUAGGAAAAUCUUUAAAUCUAGUAUUUAUUUCUUUCCGCAUCUUGAUCUCCUUAUCACAGAGUUGCUACUCUUUAAAUACAGGAUUAAUUAAUUGGUUAUUAUAUAUUAAUUUUCUUACUAUAAGCAGGUCACCUUGAUUUGCAAAGAAUGUAGGAAGACCCUUGUAAGUACUUAAAAAUAUAUGUACAGGUCUACUAUAUACGUAUAUGCGUUCUGACACGUUCCUAUGAGAG